AGGCAGGCGGCGGCAGAAUGAAAGGGCCGUCGGGCGGCUCGGCGUCGGAGGUGAUCCGCGAGGGCGAGCUGGAGAAGCGCAGCGACAGCCUCUUCCAGCUGUGGAAGAAGAAGCAGGUGGUGCUGAGCAAGGAGAGCCUGAGCCUCCUGUCGCCCGAGGGCGGCGGCGGCAAGGCCCGCGCCAAGGAGCUGCGCUUCGGCUCCAUCCAGAAGGUGGACUGCGUGGAGCGCACCGGCAAGUACGUCUACUUCACCAUCGUCACCACGGACCGCAAGGAGAUCGACUUUCGGUGCCCGGGCGAGAGCUGCUGGAACGCCUCCAUCACCAUGGCGCUCAUCGACUUCCAGAACAAGCGCGCCAUCCAGGACUUCAAGAGCCGGCAGGAGGCCGUCGAGCAGGCGGCGGCGGGCAGUCGCGACAGGC